AAAAAUUAGGUUACAACAAUGUGACAUUUGUUUGAUCGUUUCAAAUUUUAAUGGGAUUCCACUCAAUAAAAUUAUUUAAAUUUCAGUUUCCAAAAUUCAAGACAAAUUUUAUUAGAAAUUACUGUCAAAAUGUGAAAGAUACACAUCGAACAGCUGGAAUUAUAGUAACUGGAAAUGAGAUCAUUAAAGGGCAAGUCUUAGACACGAACACACAAUUUCUAUGCAAAGGAUUAUAUGAUUGCGGAAUUAAAGUUGCUCGGAUUUCAGUACUACCUGAUGAUGUAGAUUUAAUAUCAAAAGAAGUAAAAUUAUUUUCUGAUUCCUUUACCUAUGUGUUAACAUCAGGUGGAAUCGGUACAACUCAUGAUGAUGUUACUUAUGAAGCUGUGGCAAAGGCUUUUAACGAACCACUCCAUCUUCAUCCUGAGAUUUUGACAUUAGUAAGAAACUUUUACACAACGCCAGAAAGUAUUUCAGCUGGCCAAAAAUUAGCAAUGGUUCCAAUAUCAGCAAAAUUAACAUUUGGUUUUGAUAAAAUAACCGGAAAACGAUCAAAUUUUCCCAAUGUAUCUGUGCAUAACGUGUAUAUAUUUCCAGGCAUACCAUUAUUUUGUCGAUAUUUGUUCACUUUAGUUAGCAGUUUACAGUUUGGUGAAUCAAAAACUAAAUUUUAUUCGAAAUCCGUUUAUCUUAAAAGUACUGAAGUAGAUAUUGUUAAUUCGUUAAACAAAUUAGUUCGUCAAAAUCCAAAUGUUGAUUUUGGAUCAUAUCCUGAAGUUGAACAUCGUUAUUAUAAGGUAAAAAUAUCAAUGGAUUCGCAAAAUAAAGAGGAUUUGGAGAAAGCUUUCCAAGAAGUACAAACAGAAUUGAAGGAUCAUUUCACAUCUUAUGAUGACAAACCACUGGAUGACACGAACAAUAAAAUUAUUCGAGCCAUAGCAGGUUUACAGACGUCAAAUAUAAAGUCAACAUAUGAAAGAAUAAACGAAGUUAAUUUAACGAAUGUAAUCGUAUGGUUAAAUGGUACUAUUGAAACCAUGAUUCAUCUUCAUUUGUGCCAUGGAGCUAUGUCGAAGGAUAUCACCAAAAGAAAACAUAAGCUUGAGGCUAUUUAUAUCGAAAAUAACACUCAAGAAAGAAAUCAGAAGGAAUUUAUUGAUUAUUUAAUACAGAGGUAUGAAUUAAAAGUUCACAAAUUUGAAAAUAUAAAUAAGGAAAAAUUAAAAAAUUUGCUUCAAAAUAAAUGUUUAUUGAUCUCCUUAAACGAAAAACAUAAACAUAAUAAAAUAUUGGAAAAUUGCAAUACGGAGGAUCCAACUGAAAAAUGGUCAAAUGACGAUAAAUACAAAUUUGUGCAAUCUUUAUAUUUGCCUUAUAUUGAUUAG